AUGUCACAGAGGCCGGGGCCUUCGGAGACACGAUGCGCGCCGGGCUGCCGCCAGGAGCAGCUUCCGCCUGAGGCCGCCCUGGUCCCGGCCGCCCUGCGAACCCGCCUUGGAGCCCCCCCGCCCCGGCGCGCUCACCUGCCGCCCGCCCGGCCACGGGCCCCUGGGAGGCCCUGGAGAUGCCCGAAGGCCUCCCGUCCGCCGUGCCCAGCGGGACCUAGCUGCCCGCGGCGGCCGGAGGAGGGGCAGGGGCCGGGCCGGGGGGCGGCCAUGGGGUGGCCGCGGGCAGCCCCGGCCCUGGGGGCCGCCGAGGCCUCGCUGAUCCUGCUGGCGCUGCUGGUGCCGUCGGAGGCGCUGGUGCGGGCCGUGCUGGACGGCAACGCGAGCACCGUGGACUUCGCCGACCUGCCGGCACUGUUCGGGCUGCCGCUGGCCCCCGACGGCGUGCGGGGCUACCUGAUGGAGGCCAAGCCGGCCAACGCCUGCCAUCCCAUCGAGGGCCCGCGGCCGGGCAACGGCUCGCUGGGAGCCAUCGUGCUGAUCCGCCGGUACGACUGCACGUUCGAUCUCAAGGUGCUGCACGCCCAGCGGGCCGGCUUCGAGGCGGCCAUCGUGCACAACGUCCGCUCCGACGAGCUGGUGCGCAUGGCCCACGUCUACGAGGACCUGCGGCGCCAGAUUGCCAUCCCGUCGGUGUUCGUGGGCGAGGCCGCCUCGCAGGACCUGCGGGUCAUCGUGCGCUGCGACAAGGCAGCCCACGUCCUCCUGCUGCCCGACUACCCGCCGUGCCCCGACCUGGACUGCCACCCCGUGCUGGCCAUCUCCUGGGUGCUGGGCCGCGCCCUGGCCCUGCUCACGUCCGUCCUCUUCGUCCUCCGACAGCUGUGGAACUGGCUCUGGGCCUGGUGGACCCGAGGGCCAGCGGUGAAGCCCCAGCCCUGCCAGAGAGCCCAGGUCCGGACCUUCACUCGGCGGAACGACCUGUGCGCCAUCUGCCUGGACGAGUACGAGGAGGGCGACCAGCUCAAGAUCCUGCCCUGCUCCCACACCUACCACUGCAAGUGCAUCGACCCCUGGUUCUCCCAGGCCGCGCGGCGCUCCUGCCCCGUGUGCAAGCAGUCCGUGGCCGGCACGGAAGACGGCUCCGACUCCACCGUCGAUAGCUUCGGCGACGAGGACCCCUCGCUGCCCGGCCACCGGCCCCCGAUCUGGGCCAUCCAGGCCCGGCUGCGCUCGCGAAGGCUGGAGCUGCUGGCCCGGGCUGGAGGCUCCCAGGGCUGCUGCAGCUCCACCUCCUUGGGGGUGGCGGAGGCCGUGGCAUCCUCGGAGAGGUCCUCGGAGAGGCCCCCGGAACCCUGGUGAGGCCGCGGGCCCCUGGCCGGCCAAGAUCGGGGUGGGGAGAGUGGAAAUACGGAGUGUUUCUAGUCUAGAGAGAAUAAAGUGGGUUUGAAAGCGGAUUCUUGCCCUGGCUGCUGUGGGGCUGCCAGGCUCCUGGCCCCUCGUGCCUCCCAUGUCGCAAAUCCCAGCUGGGCCCUAAGAGUGGCUUCCAGCUUCCCCAGGUGAGUGAGGAGACGGGGUGGGGCAGGGGCAGGUGUCUCCAGAGCCGCUGUGUGGUCACACCGGCAGUGGCACCGGGACACGCCCCGCGCCUUCGUUCCACCCUGGGCACGCGGGCUUCGGAUCUCUGAUUCACUUUUUCAUUCUGCGUUUCAACGUGUUUUUUUUUUUUU